AUGUUGCGUGGAAUGUUUAAGAAAAUAGAAGAAUUUAGAAUAUUGAAGCAGGCCAAUCCCGAAGCCAAGAAAAUACACAAGUAUACCGUUUCUGGUUUUAUGCUUCCGUUUAAGUGGAGAAUAAAACACCGUUAUCCUGGGAUAACUGUGGCUGUGCCUAACAACGAACCUAUUCGAGUCGUUGCAGACGCGACGGAGCUGAUGUCGUCGUUUUAUGUUCGCUAUGUCAAUUGGACUCUUAACCAUGAAGAGUCUCCUCCACGGGAACAUAGUCCGGUCCGAAAUAGUCCACCUGUUGUUGCCUCGCCUCGUCGAAGAAAUAUGUACAAGUCGGAAACAUGUUCGACUGAAUCUGACACAAAUGCUUCUUCCUCGCAACCUCCUGAAAUAGAAAGAACUUAUAUGUCAAGCGACACAUCAACGAAGGUGGUAAAGAAGAAGAAGACUAGCACAAAGACAUUAGUGAAGCGUAUAGUAGGCGUUGUGGCUGACUUAUCUUUUAAAGUAGAUCGUGUAUUACAAAAAAAAGAUGAGCCAAACACACGUUUUGUAAAGGAGGUGGAGGACGAGAUGAUAAAUGAAGAUGAGGAAGACGCAUAUUAA